AUGAAGGUCAUUAUCGUGGGAGCUGGAAUUGGCGGUCUUGCGACCGGGAUCGCGCUACGUCGAAAGGGACACGAUGUAAAGAUAUUCGAACGGUCCAGUCUCCUCCGCGAGGUGGGCGCGGCUAUCAAUGUCUGUCCCAACGCGUCCCAAGUCCUGGCGCAGUGGGGGUUCGACUUCAAGAGAUCGCGAAUGGUCACCGCACGUAGCCAUCUGCGAGCGUCCGGAAUCACCCUCCAGACUAACUUCACCGCAACCUACCCUGACUUCGCUUCGCUUUACGGCGGUCCCUGGCUGAUGGCUCACCGGGUGGACCUCCAUUCGGAGCUGCGGCGAGUCGCCGUCGACCCGGAGGGGAUAGGGAAGCCGGUAGAGCUCGUUCUGCAGGCGGAAGUCGUUGAUUACAAUGCGGAAAACGGAUCUAUCACGCUUAGAGAUGAAUCAAUCCAUUAUGCUGACCUGCUGGUGGCAGCCGACGGCGUACAUAGUUCGGCCAUCCGCCAUGUUGUCGGUCACCCCACCCCUGUGGUCGCGACUGGCUGGGCUGUCUUUCGCUGGUUGAUUCCAACCGAAGAACUCGAGGGGGACCCCGAAAUUGCUUCCUUGCUGGAAGGCCCUUUGAGUGUCCAGGAUGUAACACGAUCCAGAACUUUGUCGCUAUACAUGAAGAUCGGCGGGCCAAUGAUGAGCGAGAAGAUCUCUAACCAGCCCGCAGAUCAAGGCCAAGGAGGAGCACAGGCAAUUGAGGACGGCGCCGCCCUAGGCGAGAUAUUCGCCGGUGUACAGGACCCGCUCACGAAAGACGAGAUCCACGAUCGCCUCAAGGUCUUUGAGAAGGUCCGGUUGCGACGCGUAUCUGCAAUGCAAAUCUUGUCGGACGCGGGUCAAGAUCGUGUCUUUGAGGUCCGUGAACGUGCCCAGCAGUAUAUGCCCGAGGGUGUCAAGGUGCCAUCGAACCAGCAGGAAUUCUGGGACCAUAACUUUGGCUACGAUAUCCUCGCGGAUACUCGGUGCCACUUACAGGCUUAUCUAAAGGGGCUGGCAUCACACUAA